AUGAUGAGACAAACUCGAGAGGAUCUUCAAACCCCAGGUGUCCAGAUCCUUCAAUCGCCACAUGUUCCAACCCCCAACCUGGAGGGCCAGGAGACUGUGUUCGUCAGACCUCUAACCAUUGACCAACCUGGUGUGGGAGACUGUGAGUGUCGCGGGACACUCUCCAGUAUGGCUCAAUGGAUCGCUGAUGUGCGCAAACCGUCACACCACGGUAAGGUCCAGUCGCUUCGUGACGGGCUGUUUUUAAUGAAUUGA